CCAGAAUGUCAGCCUUGGUACCUGCUGUCUUCUCUGCCUUUUCCCCCAUGGGGGUGAGGCUGCUAUGUGGGUGUGGGGGUGACUCACACAGGGCACGUGGGCGGGCGGGCACUGCAGCUGUGGCUGGUGGGUGUGGACCUCCUGGCGCCAAGGACAGGUGGCCCAGCCAGUUCUGCCUCUAACACUUCAUUCCGGCCAUCCCUCUGCCUGUGAUGAGAGCCUCCUGCUGCCUCAGCCAUAGACCCACCAGGAGGCCUUGGGACCCAGACAUGCAGUGAUCUCAGACCAAGGGAUGCCACUGACACCCAGAACCUCACCAGCCAUGAAUGCCCACCCCAGGGAGAUGGUGCCUCUUAUAGGCAGGAGAGUUGCUGCCCCCAGUGGGAACCCUGCUGUUUUGCCAGAGAAGAGGCCGGUGGAGGUGACCCCCACGAAGAAGAGUGCACACUUCUUCCUGGAGAUAGAAGGGUUUGAACCCAACCCCACUGUCACCAAGACCUCUCCCCCCAUCUUUUCCAAGCCCAUGGACUCCAACAUCAGGCAGUGCCUCUCUGGCAACUGUGAUGACAUGGACUCCCCUCAAUCACCUCAGGAUGAUAUGACAGAGACCCCGUCCAACCCCAAUAGUCCGAGUGCAAACCUGGCCAAGGAAGAGCAGAGGCGGAAGAAGAAGCGGCUGAAGAAACGCAUCUUCUCGGCUGUGUCUGAGGGCUGUGUGGAGGAGCUCCUGGAGCUGCUGGGGGAGCUGCAGGAGCUUUGCAAACGGCGCCGUGGCCUGGAUGUGCCUGACUUCCUUAUGCACAAGCUGACGGCCUCAGACACAGGGAAGACCUGCCUGAUGAAGGCCUUGUUAAACAUCAACCCUAGCACCAAGGAGAUUGUGCGUAUCCUGCUCGCCUUUGCUGAGGAGAACGACAUCCUGGACAGGUUCAUCAAUGCCGAGUACACAGAGGAGGCCUAUGAAGGGCAGACUGCGCUGAACAUCGCCAUUGAGCGGCGGCAGGGGGACAUCACUGCGGUGCUCAUCGCUGCUGGCGCCGAUGUCAACGCCCAUGCCAAGGGGGUCUUCUUCAAUCCCAAGUAUCAGCACGAAGGCUUCUACUUUGGUGAGACCCCCCUAGCCCUGGCAGCGUGCACCAACCAGCCUGAGAUUGUGCAGCUGCUGAUGGAGUACGAGCAGACUAACAUCGCCUCGCAGGACUCACGGGGAAACAAUAUCCUACAUGCACUGGUGACAGUGGCCGAGGACUUCAAGACGCAAAAUGACUUUGUUAAGCGCAUGUAUGACAUGAUUCUGCUGAGAAGUGGCAACUGGGAAUUGGAGACCGUGCGUAACAACGAUGGCCUCACACCGCUGCAGCUGGCCGCCAAGAUGGGCAAGGCUGAGAUCCUGAAGUACAUCCUCAGCCGUGAGAUCAAGGAGAAGCCACUCCGGAGCUUGUCUAGGAAGUUCACCGACUGGGCAUAUGGGCCUGUGUCAUCCUCACUCUAUGACCUCACCAAUGUGGACACUACGACAGACAACUCGGUGCUGGAAAUCAUUGUUUACAACACCAACAUUGAUAACCGGCAUGAGAUGCUGACCCUGGAGCCCCUGCACACGCUGCUGCAUAUGAAGUGGAAGAAGUUUGCCAAGUACAUGUUCUUCCUGUCCUUCUGCUUUUAUUUCUUCUACAACAUCACCCUGACUCUUGUCUCAUACUACCGCCCCAGGGAGGAGGAGGCCCUCCCACACCCCUUGGCCCUGACACACAAGAUGGGGUGGCUGCAGCUCUUAGGGAGGAUGUUCGUGCUCAUCUGGGCCAUGUGCAUCUCUGUAAAAGAGGGCAUUGCAAUCUUCCUGCUGAGACCCUCAGAUCUACAGUCCAUCCUCUCAGAUGCCUGGUUCCAUUUUGUCUUUUUUAUCCAGGCUGUGCUUGUGAUACUGUCUGUCUUCUUAUACUUGUUUGCCUACAAAGAGUACCUUGCCUGCCUCGUGCUGGCCAUGGCCCUGGGCUGGGCGAACAUGCUCUACUACACGCGGGGGUUCCAGUCCAUGGGCAUGUACAGCGUCAUGAUCCAGAAGGUCAUUUUACAUGAUGUUCUGAAGUUCUUAUUUGUGUAUAUCGUGUUCUUACUUGGAUUUGGAGUAGCCCUGGCCUCACUGAUUGAGAAGUGUCCAAAUGAUAACAAGGACUGCAGCUCCUAUGGCAGCUUCAGCGAGGCGGUGCUAGAGCUCUUCAAGCUCACCAUAGGCCUGGGCGACCUGAACAUCCAGCAGAACUCCAAGUACCCGGUCCUCUUUCUGUUCCUGCUCAUCACCUACGUCAUCCUCACCUUUGUCCUCCUCCUCAACAUGCUCAUUGCCUUGAUGGGAGAGACAGUGGAGAACGUCUCCAAAGAGAGUGAGCGCAUCUGGCGCCUGCAGAGAGCCAGGACGAUCUUGGAGUUUGAGAAAAUGUUACCAGAGUGGCUGAGGAGCAGAUUCAGGAUGGGAGAGCUGUGUAAAGUAGCGGAGGAAGAUUUCCGAUUGUGUUUGCGGAUCAAUGAGGUGAAGUGGACUGAAUGGAAAACGCAUGUCUCCUUUCUUAAUGAAGAUCCGGGACCUGUAAAACGGACAGAUUUCAACAGAAUUCAAGAUUCUUCCAGGAGCAACAGCAAAACUACUCUCAAUGCAUUUGAUGAAAUAGAUGAAUUCCCGGAAACUUCAGUAUAGAAGCAGAACCCAGAGCUGGUGUGAACAUGGGCUGAUGCUGCAGGCUGAGU